AUGGAUACAACUGUUGCAGAUGUGACAACUGCAGCAGAACAGACAUCCGUUGCUGAGGUCACUUCUACAGCUGCAGUCACAACAGCAGAUGCAGUGGACACAACUGCUGCAGAUGUGACAACCACAGCAGAACAGACAUCCAUUGCUGAGGCCACUUCUACAGCUGCAGUCACAACAGCAGGUGCAGGUACUACCACAGCUGAGGGAACAACUAGUCCUGUGGUGGAUACAACUGUUGUGGAUGUGGUAACAACAGAGGCUCAGACAUCCUCUGUUGUAGACACAACAAUCUCAGCAGCUACCACAACAGCUGAGGGAACAACCUCUCCUUCAACACAACAAUCUCGGCACAUACAACAACAGCUGAGGGUAGAACUCUUCUUCAGUGGACACAACUGCUGCAGAUGUGACAACCACAGCAGAACAGAACAUCCAUUGCUGAGGCCACUUCUACAGCUGCAGUCACAACAGCAGGUGCAGGUACUACCACAGCAGAGGGAACAACUAGUCCUGUGGUGGAUACAACUGUUGUGGAAUGGUAACAACAGAGGCUCAGACAUCCUCUGUUGUAGACACAACAAUCUCAGCAGAUACUCAACAGCUGAGGGAACAACCUCUCCUUCAGUGGACACAACUGCUGCAGAUGUGACAACCACGGCAGAACAGACAUCUAUUGCUGAGGCCACUUCUACAGCUGCAGUCACAACAGCAGGUGCAGGUACUACCACAGCUGAGGGAACAACUAGUCCUUUUGUGGAUACAACUGUUGUGGAUGUGGUAACAACAGAGGCUCAGACAUCCUCUGUUGUAGACACAACAAUCUCAGCAGAUACCACAACAGCUGAGGGAACAACCUCUCCUUCAGUGGACACAACUGCUGCAGAUGUACAACACAGCAGAACAGACAUCUAUUGCGGAGGCCACUUCUACAGCUGCAGUCACAACAGCAGGUGCAGAGGCACAGACAUCUUCUGUUGUAGACACAACAAUCUCAGCACAUACACAACAGCUGAGGGAACAACCUCUCCUUCAGUGGACACAACUGCUGCAGAUGUAACAACCGCAGCAGAACAGACAUCCAUUGCUGAGGCCACUUCUGCAGCUGCAGUCACAACAGCAGGUGCAGGUACUACCACAGCUGAGGGAACAACUAGUCCUGUGGUGGAUACAACUGUUGUGGAUGUGGUAACAACAGAGGCUCAGACAUCUUCUGUUGUAGACACAACAAUCUCGGCACAUACAACAACAGCUGAGGGUAGAACUUCUUCUUCAGUGGACACAACUACUGCAGAUGUGACAACCACAGCAGAACAGACAUCCAUUGCUGAGGCCACUUCUACAGCUGCAGUCACAACAGCAGGUGCAGCUGAGGGAACAACCUCUCCUUCAGUGGACACAACUGCUGCAGAUGUGACAACCACGGCAGAACAGACAUCUAUUGCGGAGGCCACUUCUACAGCUGCAGUCACAACAGCAGGUGCAGAUGUGACAACUGCAGCAGAACAGACAUCCGUUGCUGAGGUCACUUCUACAGCUGCAGUCACAACAGCAGAUGCAGUGGACACAACUGCUGCAGAUGUAACAACCGCAGCAGAACAAACAUCCAUUGCUGAGGCCACUUCUGCAGCUGCAGUCACAACAGCAGGUGCAGGUACUACCACAGCUGAGGGAACAACUAGUCCUGUGGUGGAUACAACUGUUGUGGAUGCCGUAACAACAGAGGCUCAGACGUCAUCUGUUGUACCCACAACAAUCUCGGCAGAUACCACAACAGCUGAGGGAACAACUUCUCCUUCAGUGGACACAACUGCUGCAGAUGUAACAACCGCAGCAGAACAGACAUCCAUUGCUGAGGCCACUUCUGCAGCUGCAGUCACAACAGCAGGUGCAGGUACUACCACAGCUGAGGGAACAACUAGUCCUGUGGUGGAUACAACUGUGUGGAUAUGUGGACACAACUGCUGCAGAUGUGACAACCACAGCAGAACAGACAUCAUUGCUGAGGCCACUUCUACAGCUGCAGUCACAACAGCAGGUGCAGGUACUACCACAGCUGAGGGAACAACUAGUCCUGUGGUGGAUACAACUGUUGUGGAUGCGGUAACAACAGAGGCUCAGACAUCCUUUGUUGUAGACACAACAGUCUCGGCAGAUACCACAACACCUGCGGGAUCAACUUCUCCUUCAGUGGACACAACUGCUGCAGAUGUAACAACCGCAGCAGAACAGACAUCCAUUGCUGAGGCCACUUCUGCAGCUGCAGUCACAACAGCAGUGCAGUUCACAACAGCAGGUGCAGGUACUACCACAGCAGAGGGAACAACUAGUCCUGUGGUGGAUACAACUGUUGUGGAUGUGGUAACAACAGAGGCUCAGACAUCCUCUGUUGUAGACACAACAAUCUCAGCAGCUACCACAACAGCUGAGGGAACAACCUCUCCUUCAGUGGACACAACUGCUGCAGACGUGACAACCACAGCAGAACAGACAUCCAUUGCUGAGGCCACUUCUACAGCUGCAGUCACAACAGCAGGUGCAGGUACUACCACAGCUGAGGGAACAACUAGUCCUGUGGUGGAUACAACUGUUGUGGAUGCGGUAACAACAGAGGCUCAGACAUCCUCUGUUGUAGACACAACAGUCUCGGCAGAUACCACAACAGCUGAGGGAACAACUUCUCUUCAGUGGACACAACUGCUGCAGAUAGGCACAGACAUCUUCUGUUGUAGACACAACAUCUCAGCAGAUACCACAACAGCUGAGGGAAGAACUUCUUCUUCAGUGGACACAACUGCUGCAGAUGUGACAACCAAAGCAGAACAGACAUCCAUUGCUGAGGCCACUUCUACAGCUGCAGUCACAACAGCAGGUGCAGGUACUACCACAGCAGAGGGAACAACUAGUCCUGUGGUGGAUACAACUGUUGUGGAUGUGGUAACAACAGAGGCUCAGACAUCCUCUGUUGUAGACACAACAAUCUCAGCAGCUACACAACAGCUGAGGAACAACCUCUCCUUCAGUGGACACAACUGCUGCAGAUCUGCAGUCACAACAGUAGAUGCAGGUACUACCACAGCUGAGGGAACAACUAGUCCUGUGGUGGAUACAACUGUUGUGGAUGCCGUAACAACAGAGGCACAGACAUCUUCUGUUGUAGACACAACUAUCUCGGCAGAUACAACAACAGCUGAGGGUAGAACUUCUUUUUCAGUGGACACAACUGCUGCAGAUGUGACAACCACAGCAGAACAGACAUCCAUUGCUGAGGCCACUUCUACAGCUGCAGUCACAACAGCAGGUGCAGGUACUACCACAGCAGAGGGAACAACUAGUCCUGUGGUGGAUACAACUGUUGUGGAUAUGGUAACAACAGAGGCUCAGACAUCCUCUGUUGUAGACACAACAAUCUCAGCAGAUACAACAACAGCUGAGGGAACAACCUCUCCUUCAGUGGACACAACUGCUGCAGAUGUAACAACCGCAGCAGAACAGACAUCCAUUGCUGAGGCCACUUCUGCAGCUGCAGUGACAACAGCAGGUGCAGGUACUACCACAGCUGAGGAACAACUAGUCCUGUGGUGGAUACAACUGUUGUGGAUGUGGUUACAACAGAGGCACAGACAUCUUCUUGUAGACACAACAAUCUCAGCAGAUACCACAACAGCUGAGGGAACAACCUCUCCUUCAUUGGAUACAACUGCUGCAGAUGUGACAACUGCAGCAGAACAGACAUCCAUUGCUGAGGUCACUUCUACAGCUGCAGUCACAACAGCAGAUGUAGGUACUUCCACAGCUGAGGGAACAACUAGUCCUGUGGUGGAUACAACUGUUGUGGAUGCGACACAACAAUCUCGGCAAACCACAACAGCUGAGGGAAGAACUUCUUCUUCAGUGGACACAACUGCUGCAGAUGUGACAACCACAGCAGAACAGACAUCCAUUGCUGAGUCCACUUCUACAGCUGCAGUCACAACAGCAGGUGCAGGUACUACCACAGCAGAGGGAACAACUAGUCCUGUGGUGGAUACAACUGUUGUGGAUAUGGUAACAACAGAGGCUCAGACAUCCUCUGUUGUAGACACAACAAUCUCGGCACAUACAACAACAGCUGAGGGAACAACCUCUCCUUCAGUGGACACAACUGCUGCAGAUGUAACAACCGCAGCAGAACAGACAUCCAUUGCUGAGGCCACUUCUGCAGCUGCAGUCACAACAGCAGGUGCAGGUACUACCACAGCUGAGGGAACAACUAGUCCUGUGGUGGAUACAACUGUUGUGGAUGUGACACAACAAUCUCAGCAGAUACCAACAACAGCUGAGGGAACAACCUCUCCUUCAGUGGACACAACUGCUGCAGAUGUAACAACCACAGCAGAACAGACAUCUAUUGCGGAGGCCACUUCUACAGCUGCAGUCACAACAGCAGGUGCAGGUACUACCACAGCUGAGGGAACAACUAGUCCUGUGGUGGAUACAACUGUUGUGGAUGCGGUAACAACAGAGGCUCAGACAUCGUCUGUUGUAGACACAACAAUCUCGGCAGAUACCACAACAGCUGAGGGAACACCUCUCCUUCAUGGAUACAACUGUGCAGAUGUGACAACUGCAGCAGAACAGACAUCCAUUGCUGAGGUCACUUCUACAGCUGCAGUCACAACAGCAGGUGCAGGUACUACCACAGCUGAGGGAACAACUAGUCCUGUGGUGGAUACAACUGUUGUGGAUGCGGUAACAACAGAGGCACAGACAUCUUCUGUUGUAGACACAACAAUCUCGGCAGAUACCACAACAGCUGAGGGAACAACCUCUCCUUCAUGGAUACAACUGUUGCAGAUAGGCUCAGACAUCUCUGUUGUAGACACAACAAUCUCAGCAGAUACCACAACAGCUGAGGGAACAACCUCUCCUUCAGUGGACACAACUGCUGCAGAUGUAACAACCACAGCAGAACAGACAUCCAUUGCUGAGGCCACUUCUACAGCUGCAGUCACAACAGCAGGUGCAGGUACUACCACAGCAGAGGGAACAACUAGUCCUGUGGUGGAUACAACUGUUGUGGAUGCGGUAACAACAGUGGCUCAGAAAUCUUCUGUUGUAGACACAACAAUCUCAGCAGAUACCACAACAGCUGAGGGAACAACCUCUCCUUCAGUGGACACAACUGUUGCAGAUGUGACAACCACAGCAGAACAGACAUCCAUUGCUGAGGCACUUCUACAGCUGCAGUCACAACAGCAGGUGCAGGUACUACCACAGCAGAGGGAACAACUAGUCCUGUGGUGGAUACAACUGUUGUGGAUGCGAUGUGACAACUGCAGCAGAACAGACAUCCAUUGCAGUGGCAACUUCUACAGCUGCAGUCACAACAGCAGGUGCAGGUACUCCACAGCUGAGGGAACAACUAGUCCUGUGGUGGAUACAACUGUUGUGGAUGUGGUAACAACAGAGGCACAGACAUCUGUUGUAGACACAACAAUCUCGGCAGAUACCACAACAGCUGAGGGAACAACUUCUCCUUCAGUGGACACAACUGCUGGAGAUGUAACAACCGCAGCAGAACAGACAUCCAUUGCUGAGGCCACUUCUGCAGCUGCAGUCACAACAGCAGGUGCAGCUGAGGGAGACAACUUUUUUUCAGUGGACACAACUGCUGCAGAUGUAACAACCGCAGCAGAACAGACAUCCAUUGCUGAGGCCACUUCUGCAGCUGCAGUCACAACAGCAGGUGCAGGUACUACCACAGCUGAGGGAACAACUAGUCCUUUUGUGGAUACAACUGUUGUGGAUGUAGUAACAACAGAGGCUCAGACAUCCUCUGUUGUAGACACAACAAUCUCAGCAGAUACCACAACAGCUGAGGGAACAACCUCUCCUUCAGUGGACACAACUGCUGCAGAUGUGACAACUGACGCAGAACAGACAUCUAUUGCGGAGGCCACUUCUACAGCUGCAGUCACAACAGCAGGUGCAGCUGAGGGAACAACUUCUCCUUCAGUGGACACAACUGCUGCAGAUGUCACAACCGCAGCAGAACAGACAUCCAUUGCUGAGGCCACUUCUGCAUUUGCAGUCACAACAGCAGGUGCAGUUACUACCACAGCUGAGGGAACAACUAGUCCUGUGGUGUAUACAACUGUUGUGGAUGCGGUAACAACAGAGGCUCAGACAUCCUCUGUUGUAGACACACAGUCUCAGCAGAUACCACAACAGCUGAGGGAACAACCUCUCCUUCAGUGGACACAACUGCUGCAGAUGUGA